UCUUCAUUUCAUCUGUCUUCCUUGACUGCGCUGAGCCUUUGAAGCUGAAAAUCUUCAUCUCCGAGAAAAUUUUCAGGUUCCGAUCUCAACCUCCUUCGCUCUUUCACUUGCUUCCAUGGCUAUGAUCUCCUAUCAACCGCCAUUGAAGUCGUUGGCGAUUCCUCCAGUUUCGUUAUCUAACCCUAAAUCUGUCAUCUUCAGGUGCAGUUUGUCUCUUCCAUCACGAACCGCCGUCACUUCUGUUGAACCUGAACCAGUUUUCUCCUCCGUGAAGGCAUUUGCACCGGCAACCGUCGCUAAUUUAGGCCCUGGCUUUGAUUUCCUUGGCUGUGCUGUCGAUGGCUUGGGAGAUUAUGUCUCUCUCAGCGUUGAUUCAAAUGUUCAUCCAGGUGAAGUUGCAAUUACCAAUAUUACAGGGAAUAACACGAAUAAACUUAGUAAAAAUCCGCUGUAUAAUUGUGCUGGAAUUGCUGCUAUUGAGGUUAUGAAAAUGUUAGGGAUUCGAUCUGUUGGUCUCUCUCUCUCGCUUGAGAAAGGUUUGCCGUUAGGGAGUGGAUUGGGAUCUAGUGCAGCGAGUGCAGCCGCUGCAGCGAUUGCUGUUAAUGGAUUGUUCGGUGGAAAAUUAGGAGUUGAGGAAUUGGUUCUCGCGGGAUUAAAAUCCGAAGAGAAGGUUUCUGGAUACCAUGCGGAUAAUGUCGCACCGGCUAUUAUGGGGGGAUUCAUUCUGAUUAGGAAUUACGAACCCUUGGAAUUGAUCCGCUUGAAAUUCCCCGUCGAGAAGGAGCUGUUCUUUGUAUUGGUCAGCCCGGAAUUCGAAGCUCCAACAAAGAAAAUGCGGGCUGCGCUGCCGUCUGAAGUUGGGAUGCCGCACCAUGUGUGGAAUUCCAGCCAAGCUGGAGCGUUGGUGGCGGCGGUGCUGCAGGGUGACGCAAUGGGAUUGGGGAAAGCAUUGUCAUCAGACAAAAUUGUGGAGCCAAGGCGGUCGCCAUUGAUUCCAGGGAUGGAUGGGGUUAAGAAGGCGGCCAUUGCUGCUGGGGCAUUUGGGUGUACGAUAAGCGGGGCGGGGCCAACCGCGGUGGCGGUGAUUGACAACGAAGAGAAGGGGAAGGAGAUUGGCGAGAGGAUGGUUAUGGCGUUUAUGAAGGAAGGGAAUUUGAAAGCUGAGGCAUCUGUAAAGAGAUUGGAUCGAGUUGGUGCAAGGCUCAUUGGAUCAACUCCCUUAGAUAGAGUUUUAUGAGAUCAUAUGAAUGUUUUGAUGCUGCUUCAAAUGCUGGCUUGCUGUGACUUCGUCAUUUGAGAAAUGAAGCAUGAUUUGGAAUGAUCCUGUGCUGAUUCUCUCUUCCAAGAGGCAUGUUUUUUGUUUAGCUUUUGAUACUUUUGUCCCUAGAGAAUAUAGCUUAGUUUUGAUCUUAUCAUAUGCUUGAAAAUGAAGAAUGUUGUUAAGGAACCCACAAGCCAACUGAACUAAAGAGAAUAAUUCUAGUUCAAAAAGCUAGCCUUUACACUACUAAGUAUGAAAGUGGUUUCAAAAGGCUUGCUUUACAUUACUCAGCUUUACAAUAUUGUUCUAAGGGUAUAUUCGAAGUCUUUUUAAAAAGGCAUAAUUCUUUGUUUAA